ACUCUAAGUGAUGAAGAAAUUCGAUACAUAUCCGAUAAUCCGAAACCAAGACACCUGGAUUUGUUUGAGUUUUAUAUUAUAACAUCGGAUCAUUUUCCACAAUCCUAUCAUAAGACGUGGUAAGAGAGUGGGUUUUUUUUUUUUAAAUUGUUACCAUUCCUAUGCUUUAGUAUUAUAAUAGUCAAUAAUAGUAGUUAAUAAUAGCCACUUUUUAAAGUCCAAGUGUCUAAAGUUAUUCCUGCUACCCUGCUGGCCACUCUCCUUCUUUGCGACUGACUUAACACGGUUACAGUUACAGACUUUACUUUACUAUUCUGAAAAAAUAACUACAAAGUCCAAGUGAUAAGUUUAACUAAGUUAAGUACUUUUUUACUUGAAAAAAAACCCACGUUUACUUCUUAAAUAAUCUUAAGACUUAAGGUAAUGUACCACUUGAGCUUGGACCAAGAGAAAAUCCAGUUGUUCCUGUUUGAAGUGCAAUUUAAAACAUUUUUUCUUAUAUUGGUUUCCAUUAAUGGUUCUGCUUUCGUAUAAAGUUAUUUAGCAGAAUACAUUUAAAUACUACUAAGCUACCGAUAUGGCAGGAAGAAAACGAUUAGAGACUACAAUAGUGCAGAUGAAAGAGAAGUUUGAUACUGAUCAGAUACAAAAUGAAGAAGUAUUGCGGAUGUCCACACUACUACUACUGCCGAAUUAGUCAGACCCUAAUUCAGCACUAUGAUGGUAUGUGCUUCAAUGCCUGUUAAAAAAGUAUGACAUGCGGUGUCUGUAAUGGACUGUGCAGAUUAAACAGAUACGCUCAAUGACAGGUUGGUCUCAGGUGGGCUUGUGCUGCAUGGAGUUACAGAAAUUCACUACGAGAAGGCUCUUUCUUUGCAGGAAGUCACCUCAGCAUCCAGCAAAUUAUUAUUUUAGUUUACUGCUGGUGUUGUGAUAAGCCACAGUUGCAGAAGGCACGCAAGGCUGACAUCUCUAAUGUCACUAUUGUGUCCAACUGGUGCAAUUUUAUGGAGGACAGGUGCGAAACCUGGCUGGCUGCGAAUGCAUCUGUAAUUGGGGGUUUUGUUGAUCAAGGAGAAUCCAUUGUAAUGGAAAUAUUUCCACAGGAAAUACCAGUGUGGAGAGAGGGUCCCUGGAUUUUCUAUGGCAUGGAAAGAAAGAACAACAUUACAAGAGUGCAUCAAAAGAUUUAUUCUUCCAGGAUCACUUAUUGUAUCCGACAUAUGGGGGGCCUAUGCCAAUAUAAACCAAAUAAAAAAUGGUAUGUAUAUACACUCCAUUGUUGAUCCAGAUGACACAGAUGUCCACUCACAGAAUGUGGAAAACAUAUGGAUGCGUGCAAAGCGCAAACUAAACAAACAGUUUGACACAAGCCGCGAUCUUUUCCCUUCAUAUUUACAUGAAUUCAUUUUCUGCAACAGUUUUUGUGGAAAUGAUAUUUUACAAACUUCAUUGUCACCUUGAGGGGGAAUUGUGCAUAAUUUCAUUUUCACACAUUAAAUUCAAAUUGUUUAAAACCUUCUAUUUAAAAAAAAAAAAUUAAAUUGUUUUAGUUUUCUAUUUAAAUAAAUUUUUUAAAUGAGAUAGGAAAUAUAAGUCACACCGGAUAGUGAAAAAACCUGAAAUAAGGCGAAACAAAAUAAUGAACAUGGUGGCAAAAAGCCUGGUAAACAUUCAAUAGUGGGUUAGCAAUAUAGGUUUUGCCAAGAGUUGUCUCUCCCUAAGCGUAAUGAUUUCACUUUGGGGAAUCCCAACAUUGAACUAGAGUGAGUAGAUUAAUUGUUAAACCUAAACGAUAUGUAUGAUAACUUUCCCAUUCUUCAAUGAGCAUUUACAGUUAAUAUGAAAUAUAUUAAAAUAAAAGUUUCCAUUUUUUAAAACUAAAAUUCAACUUACAAGGUUCAAAAGGAAUGAAAAAAGAAGCUCUUUUGUGCUGAUACCUUAAAGUGGAUGCGCAUCGCUAAAAGUAAACGUGCCUUUUUUUUUUUAUAUUGGUUGAGAAAACAACCAUAUGCCAUCAUGUAUAUCAUGUCGCCAUUUCAUGUUAAAUUUCAACAUAAUUUCUGUGGAGGGUCUCCCCCACUUUCAAUUCCAGUAUAAAGCUAGAAACAAUUUUCCGGGGAGAGUAGACCCAUUCCCAAAAACAAAAAAAUAAAAAAUAAGAAAAAAAUGUAUCAAAUAAAUACAGAGCUAAAAUUCUAAAUCUUUUAAUUAUUACAGAACUAUUGCUGGAAGGUGACUAGGGGAAGACAUUGCCUGAUUUAUCAGUAAUCCAGUUGUAGCCAAAAGCUUGCAUGAGAGAAGAAAAAAAGGUACAAUUCAAUCAAAUAGAGAAUAAAAAUCUGAAAAAGUUAAAAGCAACUUGUCUUAUGCUGUACCCAAAAAAUAUUUACUAAAUGUUUUUUGUAAUUCACACUUAUUAUUUCCAAAAAUGAUAAUGUCUUUUUUUAAAGCGCUUUUUUAUUUCUUUUUCAUAAUUAUACUUCUUAUUAAAGGGAUUAUUAUUUUCCCUAUCAAAUAUUGACUAAUUUAUUUGGUGGUUGUGAUUUGUCAUAUUUUCUACUUCUUUGACAGCAUGUAUGUGUCUAUUUAAAUAUUUACAGAGCUGAUCUGCAUUACAAUAACAAGAUGGUUUGGAAACUAAGUGAUUUAUGCCUACAGUGUGUUCAGCAGCAUUUACAUAGAUAUCAAGAUCUUGGAUCCAAUCUAACAACCUUACACAAGGAGAUGCUUAUUGAAAGACUUGCUUGUCAUGACCUUUUCUUCCCAGAACGUUUAGUUCAUAUACAAAAUAAUCUUUUCACACCUUCCCUGAGACAUAUAAAUUUACAAAGGUAAUAGCUUAAUCAUAAGUUAUUUAUUUAAUCAUUGUUUCUUUAAUGUUUUAUUUUACAAAAGUACAGUUGAAAGGCAUACUUUGUAUUUCAUUUAGUUGGAGAGUCUUCCACUUUCACCAACUAAAACUUCUUUAUAUUUUUUCAGGUGCUCACAAAUAACAGAUUCAGUCCUUCAGCUCCUCGGUCAUUCAGGGUGUAAACUGGAAGUCCUUGUUUUAAAUAGGUUGGACAAUGUAACAGGUUAGUUUAGUGCAUUAUAAACAGUAUAUAUAAACUUCACGCUGUCAUUAUGAAUUAAAUGAAGAAAAAAAACUUAAAAAUAAAACUUGAAGAUUCUACAUAAAUAUCAGUUACUGUCUUUUUAUUAUAGGCUUCUUUAUAUGUUUUGUUAAUAUAUAUAACAAAAUUAUAUUAAGUAAUGCUUAAGAUACUAGUAUAGUUGUUUGCAUAAUAUUAUUUAAUUGAUUGAUUACUGCAGACUCAGGGAUCCAAGCAGUUACCAGAGGUCAGAAUGCACUACUGGUUCUACACCUCAAGUACCUAAAACAAGUUACACAAAACAUUUUGACCCACAUUGUGGCACCGAAAAUGUGGACACUUAAGCUUGUACAUUGUUACAACCAGAGCAAGGCGUGGGUUACUUCUGCUGGUGAGUACAUUUUCACUUUUAGAAGGGAUAAGAAAAUGAACAUGCGCAUUUAUCCUUAAUUUUAAAUGUAUUUGAUUGUGGUCACUUUAUAUUAUAUUUUCCAUAAAAUUAUACAUAAUUGUUUUGGUGAGUUUUAUCUAAUUUUUUUUUUCUUUUGUAGAUUAUUAAAAUUAUCUGAAUAAAUAUAUUGCAGGACAUUUUUUUGCCUGCCGAAAAACAAUCUGUUUAUAGCUUUCAAAAAUGACUAUUUUUAUAAAUUAAGAAACUCUAGCACUAGAAAUCAGCUUAAUUACCCAUGACUUGAAGAAAAAUUUUUUUAUACCUUUGUAUUUAAAAACACAAACAAUAAUUGAUUGAAUAAUAAUAGUAUCCUCAUUUCAGUUUUGUCAACAUUCCUUUCACACAAUCCUUCCAUCAAGAUUUUGAAAAUAUCUUUACCACAUGAAUUCAUUCCUGUUAUUGCUAGGGGAUUAAAAUGCUCUUUAGUAAGUAUUUAUUUUUUAGUGUAUAGAUGUUCUUAAUUGCAGUUAAUUUAUAAAUCUUCAAACUCUAAUGUGUGUUUGUCUUAAAAUAUAUAUGAUUAAACAUGUAAACACACAUUGCAAUUGCUAUCAAAAGAGACAAAUGAAAUGUUGUUCAGUUAUUAAUUAUUUUCUGAAAUAAAUCUUAAGUUAAUGGUAGUUAUUUGUGGUAAGUUCAUAGGGCAAUGUGAGCAGCAGCCUCUUUCCCAUAAGAAAAAGUUAAAACUGUGCCUUUUUUUGGAAAAAGAAAUAUUUGUAUAGUUUUAUUCUAUGUAUUUUCUGCCAGUGUCAAUAUUUAAACAAUCAGGCUAAGCCACCGGUUAAUUUUGUAGAUGUUAUAAUUUUAAAACUUUUAUUUUGUUACAUUUUGUCUAGGAAAGCACAAUUUUAAAACAUUUAUUAAUUAUAUGGUUAGUAUUUAACUGUUUGUAGUUGCCCUUUAUCAAAUAUUUUCAUUUAGCAUUUAUUGCAUUUUCAAUUUGAAAGUACAUAAGUGUUAAAUUCUCUUCUUGAUAAGUUUUGGAUAGUAGCAAAUAUAAAAAAAAAAAUAAAAAUAUUUUGAUAUUUCUUCUCCAAGGAAGAACUGAACACAAGUUUUCAGCUUGUCACAGAUGACGGUAUUGAAGCAUUAUCUGAGAACUGUUCAAAUUUAAAGAAGUAAGAUAACAAAAAUCAUACAAAUGAUCAAAUAGAUUUUGUUUGCAUGGAAAAGGAAUGGAUAAAGUUAGGAUUUUUAAGGGUAUCAUCUGUAUAAAAAAAUACUUAUAAAAGUAUUGAAUGAAACUUCUCAGUCCUUGGAUUUACCCCAUAUUGGCUUUUAAAUAAUGGUAAUCAUUUGAGACAUGAGAGGACUGAACACUGUAAGCAUUUUUCUUGUUGCUUUGAAGACAAUUAUUAUGAGACGACAAUGGUAAAAGUGAAGAAUAGUUACCACAUUGUUGUUCACUUAAUGUUUCAAGAACACAACAAUAUACCAGGAAAUGACAGAGCAAACUAGCAAACCAGAGAGCAUCUAAUGGACAGCCAAACAUACCUACAUCACACAACACUGCGAAGCAGAUUAUCGGGAAGACGUGUUUUCACACACACAUGCCCAGUCCUGACCCCAAAGAUCAAAUAAAUUCUUUCCAUAGACACAAACAGGACAUAAUCCUUCAUCUGCACGGCACAUACAACUUAAUUCCCACCAUAUCCGCAUAAAACCAGAUAAAACACCAACGUCCCUCCUCUGCGGACAUUGAAAUGAGAAACUAACCGCCUGUCACUUCAGGACUUUCGUUUAAACUCCCUACCAAAAACAUCAGACAAACAAAGUCAGCUGGGAAGAGUGUUUAAAUUCAUCAUCAUGGCCGCAGGCUGAAGGGAACAUGCCCAAAUGGGCACAGGAUCUGAAUGAUGAUGAUGAAUGUUUGAAGCAUCAUUACAAUGACUGGUGUUGUGUUAACAAAAAAAGUCAUAGUUUUGUCAGAUUUGCUUUGCUGAAUUGUUUCAUUAUAAAGUUAAAAGUUAAAGUUAAAAGAAAAGAAAAUUUUCAUAACUUUCUAUGAUGCUUAAUUGAGAUAUACAUGAUUUUAUUAACUAUAGUCAGGUAAUUCAUGGAAUUAUUUUUACGGCUAUUGUGGAAUUAUCUUUAUAGUUAUCAUGAAAUUAUCUUUAUGGCUAUCGUGGAAUUAUCUUUAUAGUUCUCAUGGAAUUAUCUUUAUAGUUAUCAUGGAAUUAUCUUAAUUCAUUUCUAUCUUCAACACUUUUGCAGGCUUGAUCUUAAUGGAGCAAAAUCUGUAGGCAAAGAAUCAUUAAUAAAGGUAAACAUGAAAACCUAAAAUUUUGUAUAAAUCAAAUAUUAAUAACUUUUCAAAAUUGCCUACCAAUGUUUUUGAUGUUACCUUGUUUAGUUUAAUGGGUUUUAAAUUUGUGAGUUGUAAUUUUGUUCAUAUUAAUUGUCAACCCACUUUUCCACAUCAACCUGAAUUGAUCUUCUUUAUAAAACACAGAUUCUGAUGUGCAUUAUAAUAUCCAACAAAAUACAUGCGUAAAGCAAGAUAGUUUAAAAUCAUAUUCUUGUUUACAGUAGAGUUACAGAACUUUGGCGAGCAUCUCUUUCAUGAACAUUCUUAUUCCAGCUCUUUCAAGCGUGUACACAGAUGGUGGAUUUGGAUUUAGGGUACUGCACUCGAAUUUCUUCACCACCAGAGUGUGAGGUUUUGUGGACACUUCCUCAAUCUCUGACCUCCCUCUCCUUGUGUGGCAUGAUGCUGCAAGACGAGAAGAUUCUUGUAGAGUGCAUCACAAGAUUACCACGCCUGACAAGUAUAAAACUGUGUGGUGUCCCAGCCCUAACAGAUGAAACACUGGAACAGGUGAAUGGAAUUAAGUAUUGGAAACUUUUAACAAGAUAAUAGUGGUUCGGUAUCAGCGCUGUUUAUAGCCGGGUGCGCAUUAUUUAUCAGUAUAGAAGGGCACACAAAUGGUUAGAAAAGUUGUUGUGGACUUUAAGAUUAACUUUGAAAUAAUUUUUUUUCAUUUUAUCAUCAGAUUGUAGCAAAAAUUGGUCACCGGCUGUUAGAUUUAAACUUAAGUGGAAUCGGUAUCAAUGAAAUCACAGACAAAGGUCUAAAGGCUGUCUCCAAAUACUGCACCCACUUAGAAGCUCUUCACAUAAGCAUGCUCCGGGAAGUUACUGGAAUCACUCUUUUGCCAAUAUUUGCUGAUCCUGAGAGAGCAUCGAGGUUAAAGACCCUUGCUGCUAACUGUAAAAAGGUGGAGAAUUAUAAAAAUUAUUGUUUUCUUAUGAAGGAAAAUAAUUUCAGAUAUGAACUCCAGUGUGUAGCAGAUGCAGGGUUUAAAAAAAUCUGUAAUUAAUAUCCUGUCUUUUCCCUUCUUGUUAAAAAAAUCAAAAUUUGAGAUCUAGAAGAGGAGAAAAUUUAUUAGGGAGAUAAUGUAACUUAUUUGUAUCAUUUAGUUUUACAGCAAUACCAUUGUUUACCAAAAUUUGCCUUCGCUUUUAUGGUUUCUUUGGGUUUAAUUAGCAAACCUAUAUUUAUAUAUUUGUUUCAGAUGGAUAUUAAUUUGUUGGACCAAAUCAUGUACAGCUGCCCUAAUCUUGACAUGCUUGAUGUGUCCGGCUUGAGUUCAGUGACUGAUCAGAUGAUUAUCACCCUUGCUGACCAUUCCCCAAAGUUGACCCAGCUAAAUCUGAAAGGGUGUAAGCAGGUCAGAUUUCUUUCUCUUGCAUCACUGGUUAAUGAUGUUAGGAAAUGGAGGCAUUGUUUGUAGUGAUAAAUGUCUUUGCAGUUCAGAAGAGCUGAAUUUGUACAACUUAAAUCUUUGAAAAAUGUGCACAAUUAUUUUUUUUAUAUUGCCCAAAGACUUAACAAACAUUGAAAACGUAUUUGCUUUUUAAUAAUUUGAAAUAAUUUGCAACACUUUUCUAACAAUUAAGGUUACAGAUGCUGCCAUUUGUUACUUGAGUGGAUGUUGUCCCCUCAAGAGCAUGUGUGUCUCUGGUCUCCAUGCCCUUACAGACAAGAGCAUCUUUUGCUUGGCUAGCAGCUGUCCACAGCUCGAAGAGAUUUAUCUAAAUGGUUGUGCCCAUAUAUCACCUGUGGCUGUGCAGUACUUGAAGGUAUAAAAAAAAUAUGCUUUGAUUCUUUUUUUCAAAUAAAUUCAAACAUAGUUUUUAAAAAAUUGAAUGGAACUAAAUAGAUUGACAUAAAAUUUAGAACGUCCCUGAUUAUUCAAGUUUACUUGUUGCCAUUGGGCUUAAAGCAUUCCACCACCAAUGUUGCACAUUCACACUUUCCAGAAAUAUGCCACAAUAUAUGCAUAGUUAUCCUGAUAUUUAUUCUAAUCUCAUUAUAAAUCACUAACAAAAAUGUGUAAGUAAAUAUUAUAAUAUUAUAAUUUAUUAAGUUCAAGAGACAGCAUACACAUAUUAUUAAGUAGACCAAGAAUAUUCUUUUCACUUUUAUCAAGACACUUAAUUUUAUUGAUAGCUUCUAAUUGUUUAUGUAUAUAUUUUUUCCUAUUCAGGACCGCUCUCUAAGGAGGCUGUAUGUAAAACAUAAUAUACCAAACGCCAGCCCUAAUCAACUUAUGGCUAAAAAUUUAGACACUGGUGAAUUCUGCCGUGCUGAUCUUUUAUAGGAUUAAAGACAUUUUGUUAUAAAAAUAAAAAUUCCAUUAUUAUUCCAUGAUGACAUAUGGCAUAAAUAUUGAAGAUUUGGAGUAAUGAAGAUUUUCGCAUAAUGAAAAUAAUAUAACAAUGAUAUAAAAACUAAGUAGCCGCUGCUAACAACUAGCAACUCUCCUUCUUUAUUAUUAAUGGGGCUGCAAUAAUUCAACUAAAGGUAAUGUUCACACUGUGGCUUUGUUGCAGCCACAAAGCUCAGUAAUGAAUCACUGUUGAGAAUCCAUGACACAGAUAUCCACAGAGGUGUUCACACUGAGCAGGUGCGGUUACCGGAAAUUUGUUUGAAAGAACUUUCCGGAUACGAGCAGGCACAAGUAUGGCAUCUGAUGCAGAACUUUUGUUUAUAUUUAUCAAAGGUAUGUGCUAAUGAAGUGAUCCGCAACCUGCCACUCCAUGUGGCUAUUUAAAAUAAUAAAUUAGGAUUUUUUUUUCUUUUAAAUAUUUUACAAAUAGCCACUUAUGCAAGGAAAAAUUAAAACAUAAUUUUAAAAAAAAUAUCUUUAAUUAAUUACAUUUUGUUAAAACAAGACAUUAUUUAUGUAAAAAAAAUUCUUUUCUUACCCACUCCAAUAAAAUCAAACUUGAAAUUUGUUUCAUAAAAUUUAAUCUUGGAACUAUAAAAUAUGGCUACCAUAGAUUACGACAUUUGUAAACAAUUCGGAUGAUAUUAAAUUCAACAUAUUUUUUUUUACCACUCCAUUCUCUAUCGGUUGCUAUGCUACUGUCAACUGAUAAUAAUAAUAAUAAUAAGUGGUCUUAUACAGCGCGGUACCCCAGCCUAGGGCUGGGCUCACUGCGCUGUACAUAAAUGUGCAUUGAUAGCGUAGCUUUUUUUAAUGUAUAUGGCUAGCAUACAGUAUACCACAGCAGUCCAAAACCCAGUGGAAAUGAAACUUGGUGGCCCCGUAUUUAUUGCAGCAAGUAGCACGUGGUCAAAGAAAGUUGAGACUCCAAUAACAAAUCUGCAGUGUGAACGUAACUUAAGAGUUCCAGUUAAAAGUUUUUUUUUUUUUAUUUUUAAACAAAAUUAUCUAAUAGAAAAGCAUAAUAAUAUAACUACUAUAUACAUGUAACUGUAAGGUCUAUAAUUUAUUAUAGAUUUGUCAAAAUAUAUUUGGAGAAUGGGUGCAACAAUAAUGGAAAUUAAGCAAAAAAAUAACUUGGGGCUUUAAAUUAUUUAUUUCAAACUUUUGAGCUGUAGCUUCAGCUAUAACUUAGGGUUCUAACUAAAUAGUACAACCCAAACUGCUUUGUUUAUAAACAAAAACAAAUAUUUUUCAUAUUUUUUUCAAACCAAUGGCUUCUUUUAUGUAUCCUGCUGAAUAAUUCAACGUAGAAAUUUAUUGAGACACAAAUUUUUUAAAAUCUUAACAAUUAAAGUACCGUAUAUAAAUAAUCAAUAAGUUGUGUCAAAAAGAGGUAACCAUUGUAUAUUAAAUAAUAAGGUAAAUCGUGAUGUCAAACUUUAUUACAUAAAAGCUGACAUCAAAAAAGAAAUUUAUAUUUGUUGUGCAAAAUGACCUGUAUGAGUUUUAAUAUCACUCAUUAGAGAAGUAAACAAAACUUGUUCUGAAGAUUUCUAUGGAAAUUUGUGAGUUUUCUGUGUAAACAAUAGUGAUAGCUAAGUGUUAAAAUCUCCACACAUGAAAAUGUUCUAUUCUGAACUCUCCCCCCUCAGUGAUUAUGUUAUAUGAACCCCUUAUUCCUGUCAUAUUUUAAAAAAAAAAAAUUCUAUAUAGGCAGUCAGCUUAAAUAUUUUAAAUAAAAUCUUUUGAUUAACUUUUGACAAAAAGUACAGUUUUCUUGCAUCAUACAUUUAAACAUAAAAAUCCUUCUUGAGUUUUCAAUGACAGAUAAUAAAAAUUAUUAUUAUUAUUUAUACAUUCAUUGAUUCAACCCAUGUUGUGUGAACUUGCUUAUUGGCAGUUCAGUGGUCUAUACUUAACAAUCGUUCCAUACAAAACUUUUUCACAUUUUUGUUUAUGUGUACCAAAAAUAUCUGUGAUAUUAAUUUUGAAUGUCUUAAAUAUUUUAUUUUCAUUAAUCUUUGUUUUCUAUAAAAAAAUGAUUAUAACCACAGGUACCAUGUGUUUGAUACUCUUCAAAAAUAUUUUAUACAUGUCUAAAUCUAUGUUAAUGAAACCAAGCAGUGAAUACAAUUAUCUAAAAAUUUUACAUUGUCUAGUUUAUCAAAAUCUGGAAGGCAUCUUCAUCCUAUUGUCUCUGGUUAUCAUAGAGCAUAUUUUGCAUCAUUCUUUCUAUUAUAAUUACUCUUUCAGAUUAUUUUCUUCUGGUAAUUUUUUUUUUAUUUCUAGCCUCAUGCACUUGACAAAAAAAUUCUCAAAUAAUUCAUUAAUGCAAGUCAUCUUGAAUAAUUUGGUUUAAACAUUAAACAAGUCAAACCUUUCAUGUGUCCCCUUUAACUCUGUGAAAUGAUAUACAGGGGUCUCAUUUCCCUCUAGUUUCUCCUGUUACAACGACCGAUAUGAUUUUUAUAUUUUUUAUAUAUAAUUCCAUUUUUAAAUUGUACAGUUUGCUGUUUUUGUAUGACAGAAAUGUGUCUCAUUUGGAGGUGUCCCCCAAUUUAUUUUCCUGUUUCAAACUUUGAACCUGCAGUUAUUGCUGUUAAGAAAGUGCUUUUAAUUUAAAGUGAGACAAGAUUAAACGCAAGUGCAUGUCCUAUGAUUAAACUGCUGUGACUUAAUCCAACGUUGUGAGUAAUGAACUUUUUUAUUCUGUUGUCAUGCUUUCAAUUUAUGAUAUGUUUUUUUUCUUACAGGUAAAUUGUUUGCUUUAAGUAAAAAACUCCAUUUUAUAGAUAUAAUAAUGUCCAUUAUUUAGAAAUGAUUUGAUAACCUAUUUGUUUAUUCAUAGUCAAUUUCAAGUGCCUGUUCAUAUUUGGCAGCUCCAUCAGAAGCAAUACAAACAUAGCUUACUAUUUUACCUGCAUUUGUAUAUUAAUAAAAUAAUUAAAAUGAUUUCUUUGCAACCCACAAUAAAAUUGCAU